CGAAUUCGUGAUUCCUUGGUCUUGAUUUGAUACUCGUCUCUCAAGUUUCAAUUUUGAAGUUGUGGUGCUGGUGUUACCGGUUGUGAGUUGCGGUUGGAUUCGUUUUACGUUUCUGUAGUUUAUAUUAAUUUUGCAGAAUCCAUCAAAUAAAAUAUAAUGGCUGAAGCCGACUUCAAUGAUUUGGUAAAUGCCGCCGAGCGGUUGGCUUCAGAAGUAGAAGGUACAGGAGAACUGCCCAGGGUGGACCGAACUUUGAGACAGGUGUUGGAAGCUUCACACGAACUAUGGGCACGGGUAACAACAACAGGUCCACAAGAUAUUCAAGCAAAUCUGUUGCUCGGAAGUAAAGGUGUAGAUUUACCUCAGCUGUCACAGAAACUAGAGUCAUUGAGCACCAGAAAGACAUUUGAACCUCUGGACCCUGUACCAGACAAUGAUAUCCAUAGCUAUCUGAAGAAUGAAGCAGAAAAUGCAAUUCUCACACUCAUAGAGACCACUCACAAAAGGACAAUCGACAGUUUAACCAAAGAUCACAGGAAGAAGAUACUGUGGGAGUGGAAAGUAGAUAAAGGUAAACUCCUCAAUUCACUGAUCGGCCGAAGUGGCAAUUUGCUCCAGCUUCCAAAACGAACUGAGAAAACUGUUUUGAACGAGAGCGUAUAUGGAACCAAAAGCUGCCUGGACCAAUUGGAGAUGGCAUAUGCCCAAUGCCUAAUAGAGUACAAUACCGCAUUGCUUGAGGGUUUGGUUAAACCGAACCUAGUCGAGAAAUUCACUAGGGUGGCUGAAUCUAGCAAUGAUUCUAAAGUGUGCGAGAUGUGGACAAUAGUAUCAUACAUGACACAGUUGCCGCCUCAGAGUAAAGUGGAUGUGUUAGACACACGCAAUUCUGAAGCUGGCAAGUCCAAACUCAUAUCUCAAGCUCGGAAAUAUCUUGAAAACAGAUAUCGCCAGUACAUGGAAAGUGUGGUAGCCAGCAACCUGAGCCAGGCACGGCGAGGCGGCGUACCCGGCACGUAUUCUCUAGUCCGAAGUUUUGUCAACCUGCGUGUGCCGGGUGGUUACCUCGGCCUGGAUCCGGCAGAAGUGGAGGGCAGACCGCUCUGGGCCUCCAUAUAUUACUGUCUCCGCUGUGGUGAUGUCGCGGGCGCCCUCCAGUGCAUUCAACAAGCCGGGCCCGGACUGGAGGAGAUGUGUGGGGCUCUCAAGGAGCUUAAAAGCAGCCCUCAGCAACGCCUCAGUCCCCCGCUGGAGAAGGCUAUCAACUCCCAGUACAAGCGUGGGGUGCGGAACAGCACUGACCCUUACAAGCGAGUGGUUUAUUGCAUCCUGGGAGCUUGUGAUGUGACGGACGAACACUCAGAAAUAAUCAAGACAGCAGAUGACUAUUUGUGGCUCAAGUUGUGUCAAGUGCGAGACUCAGAUACCAGCACGUCCGACUGCAUGACCUACUCUCUCCUGCAGACCUUGGUCCUUGAGGAGUACGGUGAGCAACACUACAGUGCUAAGGAGCAGCCACACGUCUACUUCCAGCUGCUGUUCCUGACUGGCCAAUGGGAGGCGGCCAUAGACUUCCUCAUGCGGACUGACCGACUAGCAGUCCACGGCGCACACAUCGCCAUCGUCCUGCACGAGGUGGGGCUGCUCGCCAUCCCUGCCAACAACGUCAAGGCUCCACUGUUGUUUGUGGAUCCUGCUGACCCAAAACCAAUGCAUCGCAUCAAUUUGGUCCGUUUGGUGAUGAUUUAUGUUCAGAAAUUCGAGUGCCACAACAUUUACGAAGCUCUUCAUUACUAUUAUUGUCUCAGGAAUAUAAAGUCAUCAGAAGGUGACGACAUGUUCCCGAUUUGUGUUUGUAACUUGUUGAUGGAAACACGAGCCUUUGACUACGUUCUUGGCACUUUGGAACCAGAUGGCUGCAAAAUACCUGGGCUCAUUGAUCAAUUCAAGGGAAACAAGGCUGACAGAGAGGCUGUUACCGAACGUGUUGCUGACGAGGCUGAGCAACGAGGGGAGUACGAAAUUGCCAUCAAACUCUAUGACCUUAUUGGGAUGCAUGAGGAGGUCCUGCGCUUGAUGUCGACGCUGAUGGUGCAGCUGGUCGCCAGGGUGGACAAUGAGCCUUCCUCGCUGCGCUCUCGGCUGUCCGACUACGCCCAACAAGUCAGCGCACGCUACAGUGGCAUCAAGCUCAAAGCAUCGGCCAAGACCGCCGCUACCUUCUUUUGUUUGCGAGACCUUCUCAUUUUUUUCGACCAAUAUGCUGAGAAACAGUACCAACUGGCUCUGGAUACUAUCCAAAAGUCACGCCUGGUGCCCCUGAAAAUGGAUGAGAUUGAACCGAUGGAGAAGCUGUUCCACGGGCUGGCGGAGGAAGUCGUCCGUGUCAUCCCUGACGUGCUCCUGGCUACCAUGAACAUACUCUACUCACAGUAUACCAAACUUAAGGGAGAAAACCAGCCAAUGAAUGGUGAACUGAUAGAAACAAAAGAAGGGCAAUUGGCAUUCCUGCGUGAGCGUGCCCACGCUUUGACCACUUAUGCGGGUAAAAUACCUUACCGUAUGCCUGGAGACACUAACGCAAGACUUGUACAAAUGGAAAUCCUUAUGAACUAGUUGUAAUUUCGUAAUAAAAAUUUAAUUUUAUACUUU